CUCUGCGACGCGCAACCGCCACGUCACCUCGAAGGGACUUGUGUUUUGGUUUGCUGAAGCAACUUGUUUUGUGGCAUCUGAUGAUUCUUCUUUGCAUCUAACCGACGCUGUUUAUGAGCAAAAUGUUAACCGCUGAGGAUUUCACACAGUUACCGCUCCUUAUGUGGGAGAAGGUGUUCUCCAAGGUGAAGAAAGCCGUGGUUUUUAUGGAUGACAGGUGUGCAGAGGCGCUUCAUUGGAGUGGAGGGGCUGCAGCCUUGCUGGAAGCCGGAGCCAGGAACGUAAAGCAGUUUUCGAGCUUCGAGGCGUGCGGUGAGAACGAGCCCAAAGCCGUGUUCGUGGUGAGCACCGUGUUAAAGGGGAGGACGGUGGACAUCAUAAAAGAUAUCAUAUCCCUCAGCCACUUUCAGUACUGCGUCGUUUUCACCGCUGUCCCUCACUCCGUGCACCUGUUCGCCAACAAUGUCUCCACAGAAAUGGAGGGUAACCCAGUGUUCGAUCAGUUUGAGGAGAAGCUCUGCGAGUGGAUGGGAAAUAUGAACUACACGGCCGAGGUCAUGCACUCUCCGGUGGUCUUCGCCCCCGUGUCGCAGCAGCUGAUCGUCGCGCCAGCGUUUGCUCACCUGUUUCCCCUGCUCCCACCAGACCUGGACAGCCUCAAUGCAAAGCGAGCAGAGAAGAAGAGAUUUGGCACUUUGAAUGACCUGAAUGUGCACUCUCUUCCGGUGGAGCUGCAGAUUGAAAUUAAAUGUUUGGUUUCGGCGUUGAACUCCAUGUUUGAAGCUGCAAAGAUGAGAGAAGAGAGUUUUGCUGUGGGGCCAAUGAGCCGCAUCAUCGCAGGGGAACUGGCCAAUCACAACCAGGCGAAAAACAGAAGGAAGACUGCGCCUAAUAAAGCAUCGAUCAUCUUUAUAGACCGAACAAUGGAUCUUACAGGGGUGGUUGGUCAUCAUGGUGACAACCUGGUUGAGAAGAUUCUUAGUGUACUUAGCCCAUUGCCGGGUCACGUGACGGAUGUGCAAGUGGACAUGUUGGAACUCACAAAUGUACAGAGAAUUCCUCACUUCCAGAACACAGUGGCCCCUGGCUGUCUUGCUCAAACCCAGCCAUCCUCUGCGAGGUCACUGUGGGAGACGAUGCUCACCAGUAAACAUAAAGAGGCUGUGAUGGAAGUCCGUCGUCACCUAGUGGAGGCGGCCACCAAGGAAAAGCUGCCAAUCAAGAUGAGCAUGGGCCGUGUGACCCCUGAGCAGCUGUGUUCCUACGUGAAGUUGUUCAGGAGCAAUUGGGAGGCGCUAGAGAGUCACUGUGGGGUGCUUCAGCUGGGCUUGGCCACGGCCCAGAUGCUCCGACACCCUAGCUUGGCACGCUGGGAUUCCUGUCUGGCUUUCGAAAGGCUGCUGCUGCAGGCUCUUGGAGACUCAGAUUUCCCUGCUAUGCUGAGGCAGCUUCUGCCCUUAAUGAAGCCCUGUGGAGGCGAGGACAGCUCAUCCUCAGGGUCGAGGCUCAGGAAGGAUGAGUGCGGGCCAGAUGAACUGAUCCUCCUCCUGAUCUAUCUGUACUCCCUGGCUGAGGAGGCGCAGAACACCGAUAGCGAGGAGGAGGAGCUGGGGAAGCUGGAGCGAGAGCUGAUAGGAGCACUCACACUGGUCAUCACACGGGAGACAGAGCUCAGCCCGUUGAUCCAAAACCUCAUCGGCUGUGCAACCCCAGAGGAACUGAGUACUGAAAGUGUCCAUUCUGCUGUGGAGAAGAUGUUUGAGACCCUCCGAGGUUUGAGACACAUGAGAAACCACCUCAAGCAGCUGCGCUCUGUCUAUUCUGCAAGCAAUGGAGUCCACCAGGCCACAUACCGUCCGUUCCUGCGACAGAUCCUGGAGGAAGUCUUCCACCCUGACCGAGCCGAAUGCCCCGACAUCGAACACAUGUCCGGAGGCCUCACAGACCUUCUGAAGACUGGAUUCAGCAUGUUCGUGAAGGUGAGCCGUCCACGUCCCAGCGACAACCCUCUGCUAUUCCUCUUCCUGGUUGGUGGAGUCACACCUUCAGAGCUUCGGCUCAUCAAAGACACAGUCUCCAAGCUCAAACCAGGAACACAGGUGCUGAUUCUCUCCACCCGCUUACUUAGACCGACGGAUAUUCCCAAGCUGCUCUUCAGCUCUCAGAGACUGCGGCCAGAUAUUGGUCUCUGAAGGUCUGGCAGGAGGAACAAACACAGCCUUGUGUGCGCGGACCAACACGUUUGGACAAGCGAGCUCAAAUAGUUCAAUUUUAGAGAAAUGCUGCAGGAUAAUAAAAAAAACCAAGGAAGCAUUCCUGCUCUGUAUGUCAACAAACAAAAUCCACAAGAUCUGUUCCAGCUGUGUGUUUUAUGACAUGAAUGCAUCAAAAUAUGAUGGCAAUAAAGUAUUUAUGUUUUCAGACAACCACAA